GGAAAGAGUGAGAUAUACACUUCCGAAUAAUUAAUUUCGUUUCCGAAAACCUGGAUGAAGUAGAAAAUGCGCCCAUAAAUAAAUAGAAGUGAUUCGGUCUGCCAAACACAUUUUACAUCCUCCCUUAAAUAAAAUUCUCAAUCCUCGUCAGAACGAUUGAGAGGAUGGAAUGGAAAAUCCAGCAGACAGACUUCUUCUUUCUUCAUGUCUCUCCUGCAUGAUUUUGCAGAUGUGCUACAAAGUAAGUUUAGAAUGCAUCGAGCGGAUAUAUUUACAAUAGCUUCGCUGAAUAUUUAUCUAUUAUGCGAGGCAAUAGACAUGGUGUUGAAGAUGCGUCCGAGACAAAGUGAGAAAUUGUGUAGAUGAAGUAAAAAGAUUGCAAGUAAAAACCUUCUUUCAAUUAAAAUACCAAUGUGCCUGAUAUCGGUGAAAUAGUACCAAUAAAUAUAUAUCGAACCCAUGAUCAAUCCGUGCUGCUGGUGCUCUGCAGAAGCAGGAGUUUACAUUCUUCUAUUUUUUAACCUUCUAUAUUUUGUGGUUUGUGUUAUAUUCGGAGUGAUAUUUUCUUCAUGGACGAUUACAGUGGCCUUAGAAGAUACAUAUCCGUUAGGUUACAGAGCAGUUAAUACCGUAGUUUGGAUUGCGUUCGUCAUAUUUUUUGCAAUGGAAACUUUCCUUGGGUCUCACCUUCUAACCGCUGUAAACAGAAGUGAUAAUCCUCAAGAAUUUAGACAGUGGAUAAGGUUACGAAUCGUCCUGUUGUUGUUUAUCUGCCCUAUCAUUGGCCUUUUUGCCUACUUGCACUUUAGCGUUCUGACCAUAAGCAUUCUCAUAGUUAUAACGAUUUACGAGUUUUAUUACAUUUGGGUAGUUUAUUACUACUCCUUAGAGCUGGACAUUCUUCUGGAAACGGAUUCAAUGGGGAUUGGCGACGAUAAAACGUGAUAUUUGUUGCAAUCAGUACAAUUUAUUAGUUUACAUGUUUCAGGUUCAAAAUCUAUCAACCACAUUUUAUUGACAUAUGUAAGUUGUAAGUAAUUCUGCAAACAGCCGACCAAACACGCUCCAUA